UCUCUCUCUCUCUAUAUAUAUCGAUAUCAACAUGUGGUUAUCUCCAGGUUAUAGAUGUUAAGGUUAUAAACUAACAGUCAAGAGUAUUCAAACCGGCAGGUUUUUAUAUUUUUAUUUAAAAUGAUCGCAAGUGAUAAGCUCUGGGAGAAAAUAUGUGCUGUAUUUCCAAUUUUAUCAGAAAAUAAUCAAGUUCCUUCAGAAGGUCCAGAAGUAGAUGACUUUAAAUCUGUGAUUAAAGGAAUAGAAGUGGAAGAUCAUACAUUCAUUGAAAGCUUAGUGAUAAACAAAAUUGAAGAAGAUAUGAGAGAAAAUGUCGCUCCUGCUUUUUGGUCUGAAUUUUAUUUCUUGGAAGAUGAUCCUGAAAAAAAUUUUAUAAGAUUUAAAAAUGCAGUUGCUGAACUUAAUGCGAAGUACUUGUCCUAUUUGCCUACUAUGCAUAGACUAGAGGAGAUGAGAUUAAUUUUGAACUAUGAUGAACCUAUCUAUGGGGAAACAAAUCUUUUAGUGAUAUUAAAAUUGAUAAUUCGUACUGUUUUACAUUCACAAUUGCCAAUCCCUAAAUAUCAAACUGUAAUAGAAGAAUUUUAUAAGUUAUCAUUCAAAGUUUUUUAUAAUGCUGACAAAUCCAGUCGAGGAUUGCCUUUGUGUGAUUUAAAUGAAUCUGGCGAAGAUGAGCGUUGUGGUGGUUGUUAUGAAAUCGAACAGUGUCGUUGUGAUGCCAUAAUUAAUGAUUUUCAUACCACUAACAGGAUUCUUAUCCAAUUAGAAUUACUAGAGAGGUUAGCCGGUGAGGUUUUAACAUCUCUCAUUCAUAAACAAAUAGAAAAUCACGUUCAAGAAACUUGUAAGGGCAGCUUUAAUCAAUCUUUUAUCAGCCCACUGGAGAAGUGGCUAGAUACUGUUGUGGUUGGAUGGUUGACUCGCCUGUACUCAAGUGGUCCUGAAAGUCCUACAUUAAAAGAGAAGUUAAAUGUAUUCAAGCAGAAGCUGAAACAUCUUUUGUACGAAACAUAUACAAGGCUUAGGAUUGAUCAACUUUUCACAAUCAUCAUUGAUUAUCCUGAAUCCGAAGCCGCUGUUGAUGAUCUCCGCCUCUGCCUUGACAAAACAGAUCUACGUGGUUAUCUUGUCGAAAGGCUGCAGGCUGCACUCCAGCAGAGGCUGCUCCAUCCCGGAGUUAAUACUCCCGACAUUAUCACUGCCUACGUGCAUUCCAUCAGGGCUCUGAGGGGUUUGGAUCCUUCCGGCCUUUUGUUGGAUACUGUCACACAUCCAGUUAGGCAAUAUCUUCGUUGCCGAGAGGAUACUAUGAGAUGUGUGGUAAUGAGUUUAACAGACGAAGGACCUGAUGGUGAUCUAGCAGAUGAACUUGCAAGAGGAGAAGCAAUCAAAGAAGAUCUGGCAGAAAAUUGGGAAACUUGGACACCACCCCACAUCGAUACUGUGGUCAAGUCGAACAAAGAGAAACAAUCGUGGGAUAUUAUUUCAAUGCUAGUUACAGUAUAUGGUAGUAAGGAAAUGUUUGUUCAUGAAUACCGUAACCUUUUGGCUGACAGAUUGUUGACACAGUAUUCCUACAACACCGAGAAGGAAAUACGGUAUUUAGAAUUACUGAAACUCAGAUUUGGAGAUUCACAGUUACACUAUUGUGAAGUCAUGUUGAAAGACAUUCAUGAUUCAAAGCGAAUUAAUACUCAUUUACACUCAGAACCAAAUUUUGGGCUUUCGAAACAGGAAUUUCGUUGUACAUGUAUGAUAUUAUCGGCCCAGUUUUGGCCACCUUUCAAAGAGGAAACACUUCAGUUACCACAGAAGAUAAAGGACCACCUUGAUGUCUACACUAAAGCUUUUGAAACCUUAAAGGGUAAUAGGACAUUGAACUGGAAGCCUCAUUUGGGAUCAGUCAGCCUUGAAAUAGAGCUGAAGAACCGAACAUUGAACCUUACUGUCUCACCAACUCAAGCAGCAAUUAUAUGGUACUUUCAAGAUAAAAUUCAGUGGACUAUUGACGAAUUAAGCUCUAUUCUGCUCAUUCCACCAACAAUUCUUAGGAGGAGAAUUGCUUUUUGGCAGUCUCAGGGCUUAAUAAAGGAAACAACAACUGAUACCUUCUGCCUAACUGAGGAACCAACUACUGGAAAGGGUUUGAAAGGUAUACCCGAUGUUUGUGAGGACGAGGAAACAGAGAGCAUAACAGCUUCUGCCCAUGAUCAGAGGGAAGAAGAGUUACAGGUAUUUUGGUCAUACAUUGUAGGAAUGUUGACCAAUUUGGAUUCCCUUCCUCCAGAAAGAAUCCAUCAAAUGUUAAAGAUGUUUGCUGCUCAGGGACCCACAGGCGUUGACUGUAGCCUGCAGCAACUGAAGCACUUCCUCGACAGGAAGGUCAGAGAACACAAGCUCCUCUUUUCAGGGGGAUAUUACAAAUUGCCAAAAUAGCAUUUCUUUUAAAGGGUACAAUGCCCUUGAUAACUGAGAAAAAAAAGUUUUCUUAAGCAUUCUUUCUUUUGUUUAUUGUAAAAUAAAGUAUAUAUUAAUUUAGGAGAACAUUUGAUAUUUCCAUAAGAUUAAUUUAAAAAACAAAACAUUAAUUAGGAAUUUAUCGAUAUGUCAAUUUGUAUACUAUCUACACACAAGUUUUGCUGUAGAUUGUCUGGUAAAAGCUUUUUAACUUUUUUGUUGUAAAUAAAUUUGUACAUUAUGUAAAUAUUUGUUUUUAAAAUGUAAAUUAGAUAAGUUAGUUUCUUCAGCUAUUUAUUGUUCUUGCUUGAACUUUACAUUUGUAUUUAUUAUUUUUACUCAUUUAUACUUUAUUUUAAAUGUAAAAUGAGCUGACUACAUUUUUUUAUUAUUAUUGUAAAUAAUUUAAAAUAAUUACUUCAUUGAUUCAUUCAACUUUUUAUAAAAUAAAUUAAUGUUAGCCUUUCUUCACUCCAAAGCAAAUUUGGUUGAUAGAAGUAACCCUUUGACUAAUAGUAUCAUAAUAGUAAGAAUUAUAUAUUUACCGAAAACUUGAUGUGAGAAUAAACAGAAU